AGCAGCUGUUCCUCCCUCCUCCGAGCCUUUCAGGGGUUUAUGCUCCAACCUCAACAUGUUUGGGAGUUUGUGCCUCUUGGUGACGUUCAUCCUGGGGGUGUCCCGCUCCUGGGGCUCGUUCGUCCCCUGCGAGCCCUGUGAUGAGAAGGCUCUGUCCAUGUGCCCCCCGGUGCCGGUCACCUGCCAGCUGGUCAAGGAGCCGGGCUGCGGCUGCUGCCUGACGUGCGCGCUCACGGACGGCCAGGCGUGCGGGGUCUACACCGGGACCUGCAUCAAGGGGCUCCGCUGCCUGCCCAGGAGCGGCGAGGAGAAGCCGCUGCACGCGCUGCUCCACGGCAGGGGGGUCUGCACCAACGAGAAGGGAUACAAACCUGCCCCCCAGCCUGCAGGUGCAGAACGGGAGUCGCGGGAACACGAGGAGACCAUGGCUGCAGGGGCCACAGGAGAGCUGCAGCCGGCCAAAGUGCCUCUACAUCCCAUAGACAUUGUGAACAGUAAAAAGGUCAUCGCCAUGCGCAACGAGCAUAAGAGGAAGCUUGGCAAGCAGCGCUCCUACGGCGCCACCAUGGAUUACUCCCCUCUGGCCAUUGACAAGCACGAGCCUGAAUUUGGUCCCUGCAGGAGAAAACUGGACGGGAUCAUUCAAGGGAUGAAGGACACGUCUCGUGUCAUGGCGCUGUCUCUGUACCUUCCAAACUGUGACAGAAAAGGUUUCUUCAAGCGUAAGCAGUGCAAGCCUUCCCGCGGUCGCAAACGAGGCAUCUGCUGGUGUGUGGACAAGUAUGGCAUCCAACUCCCAGGAACAGACUACAGCGGUGGGGACAUUCAGUGUAAAGACCUGGAGAGCAGCAACAACGAGUGACACCCCCCCUCCCCCACUGCCCUUCUCCAGCCCCGUCCCCCCGAAACUACCACACGACCCAGGGCCGGAGCCUCUACUUUGAAUCACACCUGAGCCCUCCGCCCUCUGUUCACCGCUUCUUCUUUUUUAAAACGAGGGAAAUAAAGCAGCCACCAAAAAAAGCGCGGGCUGAAUAAUAAACAACUUUUUCCCUGUUGUCAAUCAAGCACUCCUCGACGAAUGAGGGGUCCAGACGUUUGGGGCCCCUGUAUGAGCCCGGAAUGGAUAUAUUUUUACAGAAACUGAGUAUUUCAGUAUUUCAUUGUAGGGAAAAUUUAACACACAUUCAAUAUGGACAAAAAGGCAUCCUGACACAAAAUUGAUAAUUGGCAAAUACUUAAAAAAAAAAAAAAGUCUGGGUUUGUGGUUCUGUAGGAGCACUUAGGGGAUCCUGCUUAGAUUCGUAAACCUUAACAGAAAAAUGUUUGCCUGUGAGCGCAUGUGUACAGAGUGAACGUGUGAAAAAAAAAAAGACUAGAAUGUUGUUUCUCUUUCGUUUGACUUUCCUGAAAACGAGGGUUGCGAGCGCUUGACGGGGGUCUCGGGGCCGACCCGUUUCUCUUUAAUCUAAAGAAUGUUUUGGGACACGGAGCAUUCAGGAGGAGCGACGUAGAUCAUCGCAGGCACGGACUCGUGUAAAUGGGCUCUUGGAACACGUAGCUGUAGCCUGACAUGCCAACUGUGCCUAUGUGAGCUGACACUGCCGUGCAGAGCGUCGAGCGCUCCGGCUCUGCUGGGGAAGAAAAAAAAGACUCGCAGCUCCAGCGACGGGACUCAAGGUGGAUCUCAGAUCAUCGACUCGUGUGAUUUCGCUUUCUUUUGAAUAAUCAAACUCGCCAGUCAAGCGGGUUUCUCCUCCAGCUGAUUUGUGUGAAGUGGUGUCUUGCAUGUUUGUGCCGUUUUCUUUGCCUUCAGUGACGUAAAGACGACUCACGUUUGAGCCACGUUCCCCUUCAGAACCGCUUAUUCAAGGAUUCCUUGGUUUGUUUUUUCCCCUCCAGAUACAAAACGUGAUGAAUAUGUAAAUGUGCUUGCCUGUAAAGAAUUUGAAUGAGCCUUAGUAACCAAGCUAUUAGACUUCAGGGCGAUCUGAUCACGGAACAGGUUAAUCUGCCUUUAUGUCUGAGGAGCGUGGUCAAAACGUAAAGUUUACCUGAGAAAACGGGCUUUAUGAAAAUCACAGUGCCUUCCUGCAUACUGCUAAAUUAUAAAACUGACCCGAAAGGGACCUCAAUACCAACAUGAGGCAGGUUUUUGUUCUAACUACAGCAAUAGUACUGAUUUUUUGAAGUAGGGUUUGGUUAGGUUUUGAACGGUUAGUAUCUUACCUGUUGUAGAUGGUGAUUUGAAUGACCUCAGUUUGGAGAACUUU